UUAAACCCUGAAAAUUUGAGUGUGGUCUGUAGCUCAGAAUCAGACUCGAGGGAGUAAAAAGAUGGCGAGGACGGCUAUUCUUCACUUGCUCCGAUCACACUCUAAGCGCCUCCCGACUUCAAAUUUCCUUUCAGGGUAUCAACCUUGUAAGUCUGGAGCAUGGGCACGUGGCGUGAACGCCAAACCUAGUUUCAACUCUGGUGUUGGGAUCAAUGCUUUCCAGCAGAGAUGGGCGUCUCAAGCUGCUGCAAAAGAAGAUGAUGGCAAAAUCAGCAUUGGACCACGUAAAGUCGAAGUUGGGAAAGAUGAAAAAGAUUCUGGGAUUGUUUACUAUGGUCCGAUCUCAUCUACUAUCCAGAGAGUGAAACUUCUCUCGCUUUCAACCUGCUGCCUUUCUGUAUCUUUAGGCCCUGUGAUAACCUUUAUGACAUUACCUGAUAUGAAUGUCAUCUUAAAGGGUGCGAUGACAUCUUCAGUGAUGUUUUUAAGUGCUUCUACCACAGCUGCCCUUCACUGGUUUGCGACCCCAUACAUUCACAAGCUCAAGUGGAAGCCUGGUUCAGACAGUUUUGAGGUUGAAAUGUUGUCGUGGCUAGCAACUUACACACCUAGGACAAUUAAGUUUGCUGAUAUCCGGCCACCAGAAACCCAAAGGCCUUUUGUGACUUUCAAGGCAAAUGAAAAGUUUUACUUCAUUGAUGCUGAUCAUUGUCAGAACAAGGCUUUGUUAGCAAAGCUGGAACCGCAGAAAGCUCCAACGCGUGAGUCAGCUUUUAAGAACUUGUGAUCAUUUGAUAUGAAGUUCCCUAAAGUUCUCCUCUUGGUAGGUGAAUUAUCUUAAAUAAAUCGUGUUUUGCAAUGAGUUUUUAAGGUUGUAUCUGUUUUGCUGAUUUAGGAGCCCCCUGUUUUCUGACUUUCAGAUACAGAAAUAAUUAGUAUUCAAGUUAUUUGCGUGGAUAACAUGGUUACU